AUGACCUUGAAUCGAAUAAACGCUUGGCGCCUCGCGCCUAGAAUCCUAUUCUUUUAUGCAAUAGUACAUUCUUCCACCUUAGUGUCGUCAUUCCAAUCGAACAAGUUAGUCAAACUUAGUUUUUUAACACACACUGAUCUCAAAACACGAUAUUCCUCGCCAGUCAUACGAGGUUACACGGAAAUUGUUGUACCAUCCAAACACACGCAAGGAUGUUCAGUACUAUAUUCAUCGUUUAAGCCAAGCUACCCAGAUAAAUUCAAACACACCAACAGCAGUAAAAGAUCACUGUUAGGCAGAUUUUGGAACUAUAUAAAGUCGUACCUAAGCAACAAACUAUCGAGUGUAAAAUUAUAUAAAAUCCCAGGCAGGUCGAGACUGCUGACCCUGUACGGCAGGAAUUUCAACAAGCACCUGAAGGACUCACCCCUGGGCAACAUCUCCCUGUUUGACUUCUUCGCGAACCCCCCCAGUAGCGCAACCGAGUCCGGAGUCACGGACAUGCUUGACAAAAAGCUCUCGAACGACUGCCCGUAUAUGCACCUCGUCAGGACCGGCCCCUACGAAAUAAUCAACUUCUUUCUGAGGGUGGCGCCGAACAUGGUCAAGGACGCUAUCAGCCUAACCGUGUCGACGAUGAUAGGCUCGUUCUACAAGUACAGCGCGGAGACGACGAUGAUCACCACGAAGGACCGCCUGGCGUCGCUGAUUCUGAACCUGCAGGUCACGGGCUACAUCUACUGCAACGCGGAGCACAGGUACCGCCUGUCGAGGCUCUACGGAGCUUCGAACAAGAAGGAGCAGAUGGCGCCGAGUCCGGAGGCGAAGGAGGCGCUGGACGCCAAGGUCACGGGCUCAGUCGUGGGAGAGCAGAUGGCCGACAUGUCUGCGGGCGACGAGCUGCUGAACUACGUGAAGAGGCUGCCGCGCUCGUACGUCAACUACGUCUUCGACAACAUGAACCCUAACAUCGUGGAGGCUAUGCGCCUCUCCACGGACCGGACCAUCAAGCUCCUCACCGACAGCGUCGUCAACGCGAGCUACGUGGACGCCGGCGACCACAACAAGCAGAUCAUUCAGCAGACUGGCACCUUCGCGAUCCAGCUGUGCUUCUGGAAGCUUGCGCUGGGCUACUGCAUGCGCUACAUGGAGACGAACGUGGAGCUGGGCAGGUCGUUGCACGCACAGUAG